ACCCUGCAGGGUCCCCCGAGUGGCAUCCAGCUCCAGACCAUAAUUUGGCAGCUCUUCACUGUCCUCCCAGCCCCGACUGGCAGCAUGUGGGACCCAUCUCGCUGCAGGACUUGUGCAGUGGUGGGGAACUCAGGGCGGCUGAAGGGGUCCAGCCACGGGCUGCGGAUUGAUGCCCACGACUGGGUGCUGAGGAUGAACAGAGCAAAGAUCACUGGCUUUGAGCUGGAUGUUGGCAUGAGAACAACCCAUCACUUCAUGUACCCGGAGAGUGCAGUGAACCUUGGGCCCGGCGUCCACCUCGUCCUUGUCCCCUUCAAGCCACUGGACCUGCAGUGGGUGGCCAGCGCCUUUUCCACUGGAGAGAUCACGCACACAUACGUGAAAGUGAAACAGUUCAUCAAAGCUGACAGAAACAAGGUGCUGAUCCUGAGCCCAGCUUUCCUCAAGUACAUCCACGACAACUGGACGCAGCGCCACGGGCGGUACCCCUCCACCGGCUUCACAGCCCUGCUCUUCGCCUUGCACACCUGCCAGCAGGUGUCCGUGUUUGGGUUCGGAGCAGACAGUGAAGGGAACUGGCACCACUACUGGGAGAAAAAUCGCGGGUCCGGAGCCUUUCGCAGGACAAGGGUCCACGACGCUGACGUCGAAUUCAGCCUCAUUGAGAGACUGGCAGCCGAAGGCAGGAUUUUAUUCUACAAAUGA